AUGUUUCCCGAAUACAGUAAUAAGACACUCAAAAUCCUAUGUUCACUUCAUGAUGGCCUAAAGGAACUUUAUCUAUUCUGCUUAAAUUAUGAAGCUUAUGUUGCUCUUUUGGUGUUCAUCGUAAACUUCUUCCACUUCAUCGUUCUAACCAGAAAAUCCAUGAGAUCUUCCUCUAUCAAUUGGAUAAUGGCAGCUACUGCAAUCACUGAUAUGAUCUCACAGUUGUGGCCUUUAUUUUGGGGACUUGCACAAAUUUUCGCAUUCUUCUACCCUUGCUAUUCCAAAAAAACAGCCUACCUGAUUUAUUUUCUCGACAAUCUUUUCACUGCCAUUGAUAGCUUCUCAAGAAGGUGCACCACAUGGCUGAGUCUAUCCAUGGCAUUUAUAAGGACUCUCGUGAUUCGAAACCCUUUGAAACUACAUUAUGACAACCUUACAAAACCAAAAGCUGCGUUUAUUGUGGUCGUUAUAGUUGGAAUUGCUUGCCUGCCUCUUGGGAUAAUGAACUAUUUUUGGAGAGCUAUAAUAGAAGAAGAAGGUGUUGAAGAGUGUACGGGAAAUGGAACUUCUGGUUUUGAAUAUUAUACGGAAACUUCUGCAUGGUUCGCAGACAAUGAUAUGUUGGUUUAUAAUAUUUAUUAUUAUCUGGAGGGUGUGUUUUUUAAGUUUAUUCCCAGCAUUCUAUUCCCAAUCGUCACUAUUUUCUUGAUAAUCGAAAUCCGAAAAAAUGAUAAAUCCAGCCGGAAGGCUCUGAAUUCGCGUUCUGAGAAGGAUUCCGGGAAAAUGACGAGACUAAUAUUCUAUUUAAGUCUAACGUUUUUUGUCGGAGAGUUUCCCAUGGCAAUAUUGUAUACCCUUAAUCCAAUUCUCGAUAGGUAUUCAAAUAAUCCGGGAUUCUAUUUUGCUACGGUCUACGCUCAAUCAAUAUUUUUCACUGUCUUGAGAGUUACAUCAGCAAUUCAUUUUCUCAUUUGUUUUUUAAUGUCCUCACAGUACAGGACUACCGCAACAAGUGUUAUUCUGUGUGGUUAUACACCAAAACAAAAUAUAAUCCAACCAGUGCAAUCAAUUCACUCAGGCGCUACAUCUGCAGUGUUCUCAAAAAAUGCGUCUCCGCCAGUCACUCGUACGCAAUUCUGA